CAUUUGUCGCUUCACAUUGGAGCGAAAAGUAGUAUCGGGCGUAAUUGCGUUAUCCGAGCAACGAAAAUUGGAGAAAGCGUUAGUAUCGGAGCAAACUGCGUUAUCGGAGAGCGCUGCGAACUGCGGGAUGGAUGCAGGCUACUACCCAACUCUGUCUUAGUCGCUGACACGGUAGUGCCACCGUUUGCAAUCUUCGGUGGUGCGCCA